GGUGCUCAAAGUAUAUUUGUAAUUUCGGCAGUUAAAUUGGUUUAUUAUGGCCCCAGUACGAGAAUUUCUCAUCUCCGGAAGCCACUGUCUACAGUGAGCAAGCGAAAUCGGAGAUCACUAUGUCGAACAACGAUGGCCAGGAAGCUUUUUGUCGGCAGCCACUGGAAAUGCAUGAGUUUCCAUCCAUCAUUUCCUUUUUAUUUUAUUUAAUUAUCAUUUUACAAUUUUCAUUUCUGAUAAUUUAUAUGUGCACUGUUGCAUGUGUUUGAUCAAUCUAGUGAAUCUGAAAUUCUUUGUUCUUUUGGUGUCUUGAAAACCGAGUGGAGCGCUGUUUUUGUUUAGCUGAUAAUUUUUUGUUUUUGGGGGUGAGGUUUGAGUAAUGUGAGAUUUAUGGUGAUGCAGAUGGAUUUUUCAGUUUUUGAUGUAAUUUGAAAAUGCGGAAGGAGGUUUACUUAAUUGUUUUUUUUUUAAUUGAAUUCGGAUGUCCGAUGGAACCACUGAAGAAGUGAAGAAGAUAGUCUCCAUACUCAAUGAAGGUCAGGUGCCGUCCCCAGAUGUUGUUGUUUGUCGGGGAUAAGGUUGCAUACGCGCUUUCUCAAGGUUUGAAGGUGAUAGCUUGUGUGGGUGAGACUCUCGAGCAGCGAGAAUCAGGAUCCACCAUCGAAGUUGUUGCUGCACAAAUGAAAGCUAUUGCAGAACAAGUAAAGGAUUGGAAAAAUGUUGUUUUGGCCUAUGAGCCUCUGUGGGCUAUUGGAACAGGGAAGGUUGCAACUCCAGCUCAGGCACAGGAAGUACAUUCUAAACUGAGGAAUGGCUUAAAGUGAAACACCAGUCCUGAUGUUGCUGCAACAACCAGGAUUAUUUAUGGAGGUAUACUUGUAUAUCCGUGAUACAUCUUACUCUAUCUUUUCCAAUUUUGCUAUCCAUUAUUUAUAGAA